AUGGCUGAGACUCAGGCCCCCGAGGUUGACUACACCCUCAACAACCCCGACACCUUGACCAAGUACAAGACCGCUGCUCAGAUCUCCCAGAAGGUUCUCGAAGCCGUCUCAGGAUGGUGUGUUGAGGGCAGCAAGAUCGUUGAGCUUUGCCAGAAGGGUGACCAGCUUCUCGAGGAGGAGAUUGCCAAGGUCUACAAGGGCAAGAAGAUCCAGAAGGGUAUCGCUCACCCCACCACUGUCUCUCCCAGCUCCUAUGUGACUCCCUACACUCCCCUGGUGUCCGACGCUCAGGAGGCCGAGACCAUCUUGAAGGCCGGUGAGAUCGCCAAGAUCCAGCUUGGUGCUCAGAUCGAUGGCUUCGGUACCAUCGUUUGCGACAUGGUCGUUGUCGCCGACAGCAACUCGUCCGCCGAUGUGGUGACCGGCCGCGAGGCUGACCUUAUCCACGCCACUCACUACGCCAACGAGCUUCUUCUGAGACUCAUGGUUCCCCCUGGCCUGCUCGCCAGCGGAACUGAUGAGGAGAAGCAGAAGGCCGCUGCCCAGAAGGCUCCUACCCAGGCUCAGAUCACUCAGUUGAUUGAGAAGGUCGCUAAGGCCUACGACUGCAACGUUGUCGAGAACACCACCAGCUGGCAGUUUAACCGCAACGAGAUUGAAGGCGAGAAGAAGAUCAUCCUCUCGCCCGGCGCUGGUGUCAAGGGCGAGGGUGUCCCCGAGGUCGGUGAAGUCUGGGGUGUUGAGCUUGGUCUGUCUCUCGGAUCCGGAAAGGUCAAGACCCUCCCUCACCGUGCCACUCUCCACCGCCGUACCACCACCACCUACGGCCUCAAGCGCCCUAGCUCCAGACAGACUCUCUCCGAGAUCGUCAAGAAGUUCGGCACCUUCCCCUUCAGCUUGCGCCAGCUGGAUGAUGAGAAGUCUGCCAAGGUUGGUGUUGUCGAGUGUGUCCGUGGUGGUGUCCUGAGACAGUACGAGCCCGCCGGUGAUGCCGACAACGCUCCCGUCUCCCGCGUCCUGACCACUCUUGCUAUUACCAAGAACGGCAUCACCCGUCUUGCCGCUCCCACCACCCCUGAUCUUUCCAAGUUCCAGACGGACAAGAAGAUCGAGGACGAGGAGAUCCUUGCGAUCCUCGAGCGCCCGUUGGCCAGAUCCACCGGCUCCAAGAAGAACAAGAACAACAAGAAGAAGACCGCCGCCAAGAAGGCUGACGAGUAA